AUGUCGAAGUCGGAAGAGCAGGCUGAACACAAGCCUUCCGCUACUGGCCAGAACUGGGAGAAAUACCAAAAGACCUACGCCGACGACGAGGUUGAAGAGAAGAAGAUCACACCAUUGACCGAUGAAGAUAUCCAAGUGCUGAAGACCUACGGCGCCGCUCCGUACGGCGCUGCCAUCAAGAAGCUCGAGCAACAGAUCAAGGAGAAGCAAACAAGUGUAGAUGAGAAGAUCGGUGUAAAGGAAUCCGACACGGGUCUUGCCCCUCCUCACCUCUGGGACGUAGCAGCAGACCGGCAACGCAUGUCGGAAGAACAGCCUCUCCAGGUUGCGCGGUGUACGAAGAUUAUCCCGGACGAGAAGGACGACUCCAAGAGCAAAUAUGUUAUCAACGUCAAGCAGAUCGCCAAGUUCGUCGUUCAGCUCGGAGAGAGAGUGAGCCCCACGGAUAUCGAGGAAGGUAUGCGAGUUGGUGUCGACCGGAACAAGUACCAGAUCCUCCUGCCGCUCCCGCCCAAGAUCGAUGCCAGCGUUACGAUGAUGACGGUCGAGGAGAAGCCCGAUGUUACAUACGGAGAUGUUGGUGGAUCAAAGGAGCAGGUUGAGAAGCUGCGAGAGGUCGUUGAGAUGCCCCUCCUUUCGCCAGAGCGGUUCGUCAACCUCGGUAUCGAUCCCCCAAAGGGUGCCCUUCUGUACGGACCCCCCGGUACUGGCAAGACCCUCUGCGCUCGAGCUGUCGCCAAUCGAACGGACGCCACCUUCAUCAGAGUCAUCGGCAGUGAACUAGUCCAGAAGUACGUCGGUGAGGGUGCCAGAAUGGUGCGUGAGCUUUUCGAGAUGGCGCGGACGAAGAAGGCCUGCAUCAUCUUCUUCGACGAAAUCGACGCCAUCGGCGGUGCUCGUUUCGACGACGGUGCCGGCGGAGACAAUGAGGUCCAGAGAACCAUGCUGGAGCUCAUUACGCAGCUCGACGGUUUCGACGCCCGUGGCAACAUCAAGGUCAUGUUCGCCACCAACAGACCCUCUACUCUUGACCCCGCCUUGAUGAGACCGGGUCGUAUCGAUCGUAAGAUCGAGUUCUCUCUGCCCGACCUCGAGGGCCGUGCCAACAUUCUGCGUAUUCACGCUAAGAGCAUGUCGGUCGAGCGCGACAUCCGCUGGGAGCUCAUCUCGCGUCUAUGCCCCAACGCCACCGGUGCCGAGCUUCGCAGCGUCUGCACAGAGGCCGGCAUGUUCGCCAUCCGCGCCCGGAGAAAGGUGGCGACGGAGAAGGAUUUCCUCAGCGCUGUUGACAAGGUCAUCAAGGCCAACCUCAAGUUCAACUCGACAGCCAGCUACAUGCAAUACAACUAA